GUGCUCCCUGGUACUUGCCUGAGGAUGAGGCAACAUAUACCGAAGCAAUACAAGGAGAUCGCAUAGUCUCAAGUACAAGAUGAACCACCGCGAAACGGGAGAGGUUGAAAGGCCUCCAAUCUGUAGCGGCGGUCUGUGUCUUCUUGACACACUUGAGUACUGUACUACUGCUGGCAUGCAAUUACUCUAUGUCCCAAAUGGAUCGGUCAUGUUAUUCUCAUCGUUGUCGUGGCGCGACUGUGACUAGAAAUGUCCAGGAAUAGGCCCGACUGGCCUAUGGUCACAAAAUGGUCACAAGCUUCGCCUGAGCUCGGCACCUGCUAAGCUGUGUAAAUUAGACCUCGGUUACGAUGAGUGAUUUUUUUGGAGGGGCCUAUCGUUCUGAAUGUAGCUGUAAGUGUUGUGAAGUACUAAGCGCUCCUACAAGAGACUGAGACCAACCACGACUGCUCUGAGUCCGAGUUCAGCGGUGUAUCUGGCAUCUGGCUGGUCUAAUGGGCGGGUUCCUCGCAAAUGUUUGCUGCAUGUUCCUGGACAUGGCGCCAGGGAUGUAUGGCAUGAUCAAUUUGUGCCGAACGUGCCUUUCGGGACGUUUGAUCUCACUACGUUGGGCAUGAGUAACGAUGAUGGAGAAAUAUUUCAGGUCGUCCGGUCCCUGUCUUACUUGGAUGUUCAAAACCUUGGUUCUUGUUCUGCUUCUUCCCAUUUUCUUUUUGGCUUCUGGUAGUUGCUAUGAAGCUUUCAUUUCUCGUCCUUCCUUUACUGCAUCUUAGUUCCCUUUCUAACCUAUGUUCUGCUGCGUUCUUCACUUCGCCUAGCCAGUUGUCGAAGAAACAGUACGAUUUUGUAAUUGUUGGAGGUGGAACUGCUGGAAGUGUUCUUGCGAAUCGGCUUACCGAGAACUCCAAAGUCUCUGUACUUGUGAUUGAAGCAGGAGUCAAUCAUCAAGGGAAUUUGAACCUUGAAGUACCAUUCUUGGGCGUCACAUUGUCAGGCACUCAGGUGGACUGGAACUUCACUACGACCCCUCAGAACGGACUAAAUGGACGCGUUCUCCCAUACGCUAGAGGUUUUGUUCUGGGUGGGAGUGGCAGUAUUAACUUGCUUACGUUCAAUCGCGGAUCCGAUGACGUUUGGAAUCGUUGGGCUAGCCUUACGAAGGAUCAAGGCUGGUCUUGGAACUCCGUCAAAAAGUACUAUCUUAAGAGUUCUAGUUUAGUCCCGCCUGCGGAUGGCCAUGACUUUACUGGCCAGGCUAACCCAGCAGUCCAUGGAAAUGGUCCUGUAGAAGUUUCUGUACCAGGAUUUAGUCUUCCCAUUGACGACCUGGUGGUUUCCACAAGCAACCAACUGGGCGGUCGCUUCUCAUUCAAUGUGGACUUCAACUCUGGUAAAUUCGUUGGCGUCGGAUUCAUGCAAUCCUCCAUUGGUGGUGGCGAGCGCAGUAGUGCAGCUACAGCCUAUCUGGAACCUGUUGAGUCUCGCAGGAACCUGGACAUCCUCAUCAAUGCCCAAGUGACCAAGCUAAUUCAGUCUGGUACCUCCAAGUCGGGCCCUAUCUUCCAGGUGGCAGAGAUCGGUCAACCCGGUAGCAGCAAGCGGUGGCAGGUCAUGGCGCUGAAGGAAGUCAUCCUAUCCGCCGGCGUCAUCGGAACCCCACAAUUGCUUCUCCUAUCAGGUAUUGGACCCUCGGCAGCAUUGACGUCACUUCAAAUUACCCCGCUUGUUGAUCUCCCCGAUGUUGGAACAAACCUCGCUGAUCACCCGCUCGUUCCCAAUUACUUCCAAGUGUCAUCGAACGGUACCUGGGAUGAUGUUCUUCGAAACGGCGAUAAUUUUGGUGCAACGCUCGGCCUGUGGCAAGCUAGUCGUCAAGGCUUGUUUGUUAAUAGUCCUGGUAAUACAUUGGCAUAUACCAGGUUACCAGCUAAUUCUCCUGCGCUUGCUGGUAUCUCGGAUCCAGCUGCUGGUUCUAGGUCUGCACAUACGGAGCUGAUCUUCGUUGAUGGAUUUGCGCCAUUUGGUUCUGUCCCCCAACCAGCCACUGGAAACUUUGUCACUGUCUUGACCGCAGUAGUGUCACCCACCUCUCGUGGUUCUGUUACUCUUGCAUCUACUGACCCCUUCGCCAAACCGUUAAUCAAUCCCUCGAUCCUUUCCACCAACUUCGAUAUCCAAGCCAUGGUACAAGCAAUCAAAGACGCCCAAACUUUCCUCAAUGCAACACCUUGGCAGAAAGACUUCAAACCUGUGCCGUUUGGCGAUCUUGCUAACGCAAGAACUGAUACGGAUAAAGCCAGUUUCGCAAGGCAGAACUCUGUGACCGUUAACCACCCUGCAGGGACUGCAAGAAUGUCCCCCGCGAACUCGAAUUGGGGAGUUGUGGAUUCGCAAUUGAAGCUUAAGGGUGCUCAAGGUGUUAGAAUUGUCGAUGCAUCUGUUUUCCCUGUCAUUCCUGAGUGUCAUAUUCAAGGCCCCGUGUACAUCGUUGCUGAACGAGCUGCCGACUUGAUCAAGUCCGCUUAUGGACUCUGAGCAAAGAUUCCUGAUGAGUUUCUUUUCACAGAUUGCGACGUUCGGACGCUGUGAUUCUUGUGUUUAUCUUGAUACCUUUUUGUUAUACCUCGGUAGUAGCCUUGGUGUACUUAAAAUACUUACGGAUACGCUGAGCAAGUGGUUGCGCCCUUCUCGAACUCGAGGGGCCGUCCGAGUGCGAGAGCGCUAGAAGGUUGAUCAUGGAAACCUCUUGGCAUUCAGUUCGAUUCAG